GCGCGCCUAUGGCACGGGGCGGGAGGCCGGCCGCGCGGCGCGGGUUUCGGCGAAGAAGGUGCAGCGGGGAAUUCGCAAACACCAACGAAACCAUGCCCAAGUACAAACAACGAAGAAGAAAGCUAAAAGCCAAAGCCAAAAGAUUAUUCAAAAAAAAAGAAGCUUCUCACAUUCAUCCUAAGCAAUUUAUUCCUCCCCCUCCACCACCCUCACCAGAAAGAGUGGUUAUUUCUACAACAGAAUCCCCCCUUAGCAGAAGUUGGCUAAGAUCAUCCUGGAACUUCAAAUUUCCCAAUAUCAAGGAUGCUGUAAAAUUCGGUGUAAACAAAGUAUGGUGUCUAUACAACUGGUGCCAAAGCUGCAUAGUCGAGAGUUUAGAAGUAUUGAAAGAUACGUUCUUUCCAUCUCGUUUCUAUCACCGAGAACUUCACAGUCUAAGAGAACGGUUUUGUAUCUUGGAAGGUGAAUUAUGCAAACUCCAGGAAACCCUGAAGACUGUCUCGGAAAAUUCUUCCUGCCCACAUUGUGCUCAGAUGUGUCACAUGAGUGGUAAAUUUACAGAUGUGCCUGCCUAUGCUCAAAGCCAGCCUGGAGAAUCCCAAGCUGUACUUCCUUCUACACUGCCACAGCCAACCAGUCAUCCUGUGCCACCUCCACCUCCUCCUCCACCCCCUCCACCUCCUCCACUGCCUCCUCCACCACCACCGAUGGCACCUUUGCUACUCAGAAAAUCCAGUACCACCAAAGCACUUCAGGCGAGACCAUUAAAAAAAGAUGCACCCAUGCAGAUAACUGUUAAAGAUCUACUGACUGUGAAAUUAAAAAAGACACAGAAUAUUGAUGAAAGAAAGAAGCUUGCACCUUCACCGAAGAAACAGAAUCCUCUAGUUACUGUCUCUGACCUGCAGCGUGUUACUCUGAAAUCCAGCUCCAAAGUGUUAUCAACUCGAGUUACAAAUGUCUUAAUUACUCCUGGUAAAAGCCAAGUAGAUCUGCGGAAACUACUUAGAAAAGUGGAUGUAGAGAGAAGCCCAGGUGGAACGCCGCUUACCAAUAAAGAAAAUAUGGAAACAGGAACUGGACUGACUCCAGUAAUGACUCGGGCUUUAAAGAGAAAGUUUGAGCUAGCUCACCCUAGAAGUCCAGUUCAAACUGUGCCACUUUCUACAAGCAGCUUUGAUGAACAAAACUGAUGCCAGUGCUUCCUGACUUCAUCUGGUGAUCCGUAAAAAUAUGCAUAUGUGCUCAUGCCAAUCCUGUU